AUGAGAGGCCCUUAUGCUGCAUUGUUGCUUCUACUUGGCCUCCUCCUCCUCCUCCUAUGUACCGCAACUUCAAUUUGUUUCGGUUUGAAUUUGCGUAAUUCAGAAGUCAGAUAUAUAGAGGAAGAAAGACAAGCACUCCUCAAACUCAAACAAAGCCUUCAAGAUGAUGACGGUUUGCUGUCUUCUUGGGGCAGCCAGGAGGAAGAUUGUUGCAAUUGGAAACGAAUUAAAUGCAGCAACCGAACUGCUCAUGUUGUCAAGCUUGAUCUUCGGGGAGAUAGAUACUCUGAACCCUCCAAAUAUCUAUAUGGUGAGAUAAACUCUUCAUUACUUGGUUUGCAGCAUUUGACUUACCUCGACUUAAGUUUGAAUGCUUUUUCAAUUCUCCCAGAGUUCAUUGGUUCACUCACUAAAUUACAAUAUCUCAAUCUUUCCAACAACUAUCUUUCUGGAACCAUUCCACCGCAGCUUGGAAAUCUCACAAGCUUGACUUCUCUUGAUCUCAGUAGGAACUAUGGGCUGAUUGAGGACCACAAUCUUGACUGGCUCUUUAAUCUCUCCUCUUUGAGGCACUUAGAUAUGAGUACUGUGUACCUUAGCAAGGUUGUCAAUUGGCCAGAUAAGGUUACCAUGCUUCCUUCUUUAUUAGACUUAAGUCUAAGUGGUUGUGCGCUCUCCAUGCCGAUUCCUCCUGUGCUUUUCAAUGCUAAUUCUUCUUCACCACUUUCAAUCGUUGACCUCUCUUUCAAUUAUCUCAAUUCCUCCAUAUUCCCUUGGCUGUUCAAAUAUACAAAUAGCCUUGUCGUUCUUGACCUCAAUUAUAACGAGUUAGAAGGCUCUAUUCCGAAAGCUUUUGGGAAUAUAAUAAAUCUUGUUCAUCUUCACCUCUCUUCCAACUACUUUGAGGGGAAGAUACCACAAAGUACUUUGGAGAAUCUUCACUAUUUACAGGUCUUAGACUUAUCCCAAAAUAGUCUGAGUGGAGAAGUACCUGAUCUUUCAAAACUCACUUUCUUGAGCGAGUUGCAUCUAUCCAAGAAUCAGUUAAAUGGGAGUUUACCCAAUGUUCUUGGAAAACUUUCCAAGCUUCAGGUUCUGGAUUUGUCUUUAAAUUCCUUUGAAGGUGUCAUCACUGAAGCACAUUUGUCGAAUUUGUCCACACUACGCCAAUUGGACUUCUCUUCUAAUUCUUUGUCUUUGAAGUUUAGUCCAAGUUGGGUUCCACCAUUUCAUUUGGAUACCAUCAAUUUGGGGUCUUGCAAUUUGGGGCCAGCUUUUCCUCAAUGGCUUCAAACACAAAAGAAUUUUUCAUGGCUUGAUAUAUCUAAUGCAACAAUCUCAGGCACAAUCCCCAACUGGUUUUGGGACCUUUCUUUUAACAUAAAUUUCUUAUCUCUCUCCCAUAACCAGAUCACUGGUACCAUACCUCUUCAAUGGCUUUCGUCAAGAUUUAUGGGUUCUUCUACAAUAGAUUUGAGUGAUAAUUGCUUCAAUGGUCCGUUGCCACGACUAAAUUCCAAUUUGAUGUCAUUGAAUUUCUCUAAUAACUUGUUCCAAGGAUCUAUUAAUACAUCAUUAUGUGGGACGAAUGGAUCUGUUACUUAUUGGUAUUUGAGAUACCUUGACCUUUCGAACAACUCAUUAUCUGGAGAACUCCCAAAUUGUUGGGCAAAUAUGCCAUAUUUGUUCAGACUUGAUUUGGCAUACAAUAAUUUCAUUGGGAGCAUUCCUAAUUCUAUUGGAAGCAUUUGUAAUUUUACUGAAAACGAAUAUAUGCUUCAGAUGUUGCGUUUGGAAUACAAUAAUUUCAUUGGAGAACUACCCAAGUCAUUGAUGAGUUGUUCUUCGUUGAUAAUAUUACAUGUUGGAGAAAAUAGACUCUUUGGGAGGAUACCAGCAUGGAUAGGGACAUCGCUACCAUAUUUGAAAGUUCUUAUUCUGUCAUCAAACUCGUUCACUGGUAGCAUACCAUUGCAGUUAUGUGGUCUAAAGUAUCUCCAAAUCUUGGACCUUUCUCACAAUAAUAUUGUUGGAACUAUACCACCAUGCCUCAAUAACUUCAUUGCCAUGGAUGAGAGAUAUUAUAAUCUGGAGUCUAUCACUUAUUCCAUUCCCUACUACAAUGCGACUUUCCAAGAAAAAAUUAUCAUGCAGUUUGAAAAAGAUAUUUACUUUCUAUUUAAGGUCAUUGAUCUUUCAAGUAACAAAUUAGAAGGAGAAAUUCCAAGAGAAAUAACAAGUCUUUUGGGUUUGAGUGGACUAAACCUAUCUAACAAUUUGUUGAUUGGCAUUAUCCCUCAGAACUUUGGUGACCUGAACAACUUAGAGUUUUUAGACUUAUCAAGUAAUCACCUUUCAGGCACAAUUCCUCACAGCCUUGUUGAUUUGAUCUUCUUGGCCCUCUUAAAUUUGUCAUACAACAACCUGUCUGGUAGAAUCCCAUUCGGAUACCAAUUAGAUACCUUUAGUUAUUCUUCAUAUGUAGGUAACACCUAUCUUUGUGGAAGCCCUCUUUCAAAAGAGUGUCCGGAAAAUGCAGCAACUCAAGGUCCACAAACUAGUAGCAAACAUGACACAGACUUCUAUGAACAUCUAUGGUUAUAUACAAGCAUUGCAAUCGGAUUCAUUGUUGGAUUUUGGGGAGUUUGCGGAUCAUUAGUGCUGAAGAGUUCUUGGAGGCAUGCCUAUUUCCAGUUUCUAGACAAAAUGGGAGACAGACUCUACGUUACAAUAGCUAUCAACAAGGCCAAACUGCUGAGAAACUUCAAGUCUCAGUGCUACCAAGAAAAUACUUAGCAAAGAAGCAGAUUGUCACUGAAGGCAACAGGGCAAAGCACUUAUUCUGGAUGCCAAGUUUCACUUUGCAUGAAGAAGCUGUCCAUCUAGCUAGUGUCUCCAGACUAAUGGUUUUCUUUUACCUCGUUGCUUAUUAUAUCAGGAAUUGCUACGUACUACUCCAAUUGGCAAUGCUUUGUAUGACAAAAAAUUUGCAGAGAGAUUAUAAUAUGUAAUUUAAAUGCUUUUAAUGCUUCAGUGUUCUCAUCCUGGACAAUUUGUAUGUCAUUUAAUUGGUGGUUAUUAGCCGUGUGGCUUCUCUCUUUGGGAAGCAUUUGAU